AUGACUGUGAGUGCGUUGAUUGUGCUCACCGUGAUCAGUGCGGCUGUUGUUUCUAAAGCAGGCAGUGCACAGGACGUGCAACUCUCCCACACACACGACUGCGACGUGUGCGAGGCGGUAGCCAUGCAGUUGGAGGCUGCGCUAUCGAGGGAGCUGGAAGCGCGUGCGCACCGCCCGUUAACCGAGACGGCGCUGUUGGACUACUUCGACGGCUUCUGCCAGGACGCCAACCCCGCCUUUCAGCAGUACGGCCUCACGCAAGUCGCGGGCAUUCCUUUGUUCACGGGACCUGGCCUGCCCGGAUUCAACGCCAGCACGACCUUCAUCACAGAAGACACACAGCUACAGGUGCUCUUGAUCGCACCUGUGCACGUCCCCUGCCACCAUCUCCCUUCUUUCCUUGCACCGUGUCCCUGCCCCGCUGUUUCGCCCUCGCCGACUUGUGCACCGGCAGACGCGACGGCGACUGAAGCAACCGCUCCCUGUCACGCCGCUGCUGUUGUUGUUGCUGCUGUGGUCGUGAUCGUGGUUGCGUGGUCCCCUGUGCCUGGCCAUGCACGUGUUGCGUUGUCUGCUGCGCCUGCGUUGUCUGCUGUGUCUGCUGCUGUGGUGAGGACUGGGCGCUGCGCGGAAGGCGGCUCGACCCCGAUCACACCUUGCACCUCCACCACUGUCAUCAACACCGACAACAGCUACUGCCGUCGCGACUGGGGCCUCCACCGCCCGCACACGCUCGGACCCGAGCACUCCACACCACCAUCACCACCACAGCCACAACCACAGCCACAGGUACCGGAGCAGGCGCGGGCAAACGCGGCAGAACACGAGCGGCUAUUGCGACAGCAGCGAGAGGUGGAGAUGGAGGAGAGAAGACGACAACAAGAGCAACAAGAGCAACAACAGCAACAGCAACAGCGUAAGCAGCGGCCAGUGCAGAUUCCACAACAUGUGCUCAGACGCAUGCAGGGCGGCGAGCUGUGAUCGUGGUUAUGACGUAACGUGGCGAUGUGCAAUGACACUCGUUGUGUGAACGUCCCCUUCCGGCCACACACCUCGAGUAAACUAUUGCAG